UUAUUAAUUACUACUAAUACUGAUUUAUUUCUAGAAUUAAACAUUCUUCGAGUUGGUGCUAAAAUUGUACCCAUGAUAACAAGCUUGACUUGUCAUUCAAUAUGACAAUGGAAAGCCCAAAUACCAGGAUUAUCAGCAAUGAAACGAAUAACCAAAAAUCCAUUUCCAGGAAUAGUUACAGUAUCACGAAUGAUAGGAUUUCUCUUGUUAUUCGCUUUCAUUAGGGAAUUGACCUUUUUCACCAACAAACAUUACAGCGAAUACAUGUCCGUCCAAGUGAAAUGGAUGAUUGGCAGCGUUAUUGUUGUUUACAUAAAUUUCUGCAAUACCAUCACUGUGAUUAAAAAUCACAGAGUUCUAUUCUUUUGGUAAAUUUCAGCUGCGGCAUUCUUGUGAU